UUCGCGCMRAAAGUGAGCCUGCUAUAUUCUACAGCGGUCUUCCGUUUCCAAGCAAACUUCRCGAAUCAUCAACAAUGGCUGAAACGUCGAAAAAGAUAAAAAACAUUCUAUUCUAUUGGUGAUAGCUCACAAAAAAUAUUAGAUAUCCAUAAUGUUUAAGCUAGGAAUGUUAAAUAAGGACGAGGCGAGGAAAAUCUUGGAGAGUGCAAAUCUACCAGGCACCGUUGAUAACAAUAUCAAAUAUUCCAUGUACACAAGUACAGAAAGAAUGAAAAUCAUCAGGGAAUGCAAAAAUACCAAUGACAGGACUGUUGCUGCAGCAAUAGAGAUACAGCGCCACUGGAGAGGUCAUCAUGUAAGAUCUAAAUUAAAAGAUAUAUUAAAUCCCAAGCAUACAUCAGUGGUGCAUAUUACAAGGGAUUCUAGUGUUGUUAGUACACCAUGGACACCUGGAAAUACUGAGGAUCUGAUGCAUAUCAGGGCAAAAUAUGACAGAUAUGUGAAUAGACGCAAAGGCAAUCUCAAUCUUAUGAGCUUUAGUGAAUUCUGUGCAUAUGUUAUUCAACGUUGGUGGAGAAAGAUAUCAGGAAGACCGCCCAAAGAAAUCUCAGUGUACCCAAGUGCACCCCCUCCAACCACAAAUGGCGAGCCCAGCCCUGUACCACCAUUACAAACACCUGUAGAAUCACCAAUCUCUGGAGAAGACAGUAGGGUUACAUCAAGCAAGACAAGAGAUUCACUAUUGAUGAUUGAUAGGAAUGAAGCUGCUAAAGUUAUUCAAAGGUCUUGGCGUAAACAUAUCGAUACUCAAGUCUACAGGUAUUACAAAGAUUUAAUUAACUUUAAAACAAGAGGUGACCCAGCACUGAUGUUGAGAUGUAUUAAUCCAAGAGAAGCAGACAUCCUUGACUCUGCAGCUGGUGUCCACAUCAAGUUUAGAUUAGCAGGGGAAAGGUUUCCACCCAAUAUAUACUACAAGAUAUUCACCCAUAGAAACAUAGCUGAUAUUGGUGCAUUUGCACCUCGUGAUUAUACACAUGCUGACAAUAAACAGCURCCUGUCAGUCUUGUUCACAACAAAGCGACCAAGAUAACUAAAGGUGUAGUAUACUGUUACAAGCGAUGGGAAAACAAUGGCUGGAGACUAGUGUCAGACAGGGUUGUUCAGAAACUAGACCAAGAUCCAGUUGUAUUUGAAUCCGCACAGAAAACAGCAGCUUUUCACCACAAUAAGGUUAUUCGUAAACAAGAUCUCGAGAAGAAGAGAAAACAAAAGAAAAUUGAAUGGAUGAAGAAAAUGUACAAACAAGGUAUGUUACAAGCCAAACAGGAGCAAGAUUCAGAAACUCARAAUAUCAUUGAGACUGUUGCCCAGGGAAUGGUUAACGCUGCUGACGCACGGGGGAGUGAGGCCGUGGAAGACUGGGAGGUAGAUGAGCUUCUUGAAUGGACAAAUGGGCUCAAUUUUGAUCAAUAUCUUGUCGACUGGAAAGAGUUUGCUACUAGUGCUGGAUCGGAGUAUUUGUCUCAGCUCCGGUUUAUACCCGACGAUCCAUACUCGUUCAAUAUCGGUGCCGAGCAGGCUUGCCAGUGAUUAUUGAUCAUUACUAUACAUUGUAUAAUAUAUUUAGUUAGGAUUURGGUUUUAAUGUGUGAAUAUUUUGUGUGGUCAUUUGUGAACUAUUAUAAUUUGUAAAUAUUGACAGAAUUUUGUAAUAAAAUAAAUUUUAGACAUAUAACUAA